GUGUAAUACAUAAUUCAGUCCCAGUACGGGAACACCUCACAGUUUCUCCACCUUCCCUGUCAAACCGCGGAGCCGCUGCAGCCUCAACACAAACCCCGGGGACCGAGACACCGACGCGGCUACUCUCCUUGCUCCGGAGCGGAUGGAGGAUCAACCUUGGAGAAGGACGAGGGCGGUGUUUGUUGCAGGUUUUGCAUGACUUCCAGCGGUCGAGAAACAACAGACAGUCAGCUGCGAUCUUCAGGAGACGUAAACAUUGCCAUGCCCUGAUUCAUGCGCCACCUCCUCUUGUCAUCCUCCUUCUCCUCCGCCUCCUCUUCCUCCUCUGGUCCAGGACAGAGGGAUCUGUUUUAGGAGGAACAGAGGAGGAUGAUGACGCAGCUGUCGGAGGUAAAUAUUUUGCAGACGUGGUGAAGUUGUGUUCGGGAUAGGAGGCUGCAGCGGGCCACAGUCUGCAUUCUGAGUAUCCUUGCAUCCUGACUCUGCUGUGUCCGUGUUUUGCGGCCAUGCUGCAGGCAGCGUCCUCCGACCUGUUCCCGACUUGAUCCUCUCUCCUUUGGAUUAUAAACAACUUCUUAAAAGAAGAAAACUACUUGGCCAGCCUCUCUCUGUUUUCAAGUAUUAUUUUGUGCUGUAGGACCAUCCACGACUCUGUUUUCUGAGUGAAAAUUAACAUUUUAUGUGCAGAAAAUAGCGAUUUUCUGUUCUAAAUGCUUCACUCUCCAGCCCCAAAACUGCGUGUUUCCUAAAAAGAUGUAAGCAGCUGCAGAUUUUAAUGAGCAAAGCAUCUCUCCAGCAUUAGUCAAACCUCCUCUGCAUGACUCCUCAGUGGGACCAGUGUUGUCAUUAUCACAGCUCACGUUAACGCAGCACCAUGGGGGCCAAGCAGACCAAAAGCCAGGAGCCUGGAGGAGCCAGCCCGCAGCACAGCUGGAGGCGGACGCCCACCAAGGAGCGGGGAGACAUCCUGGCCUCCCUCAUGCUGAAGUCAGGGGACAGGCUGAACCGUGGGGGGACGCCGCCGCCGCCCUACCAGCGACGCAUCGGUAUGAUCCAGGAGAUGAUGCUGAUGGCCAAGCAGGGCAAGCAGGACGAGGCCACGGAGAUGCUCAGGACCCUCCGACAGGACCUGGGCAUGGAGUCGACGUCUCUGGAUGACGUGUUGUAUCGCUAUGCCAGCUUCAGAAACCUGGUCGACCCCAUCACGCACGACCUGAUCAUCAGCCUGGCGAGAUACGUCCACUGCCCCAAGACGGAGGGGGACUCUCUCGGGGCGAUGGAGAAGGUUUGUCGUCAGCUGACUUAUCAUCUGAGCCCUCACUCUCGGUGGAGGAGGCAGGGCCUGCUCAAGAGGAAACCCCAGGCUUGUUUUAAGGCGGUGCUGUCGGCGCCUCCCUCCAGUGGAGCGUUGGACCUCUCCGGGAUCCCUCUGACGGCUCGGGACAUGGAGCGUCUGUGUGCACACCUGCAGCAUCACGCCUCCAACAUGAUGAGCCUGGAGCUGGGCUUCACCGAGCUGACGGACGAGGCCUUCCUGCUGCUCCUACCAACGCUGGCCUCUCUGCCGCACCUGGAGACGCUCGCACUGAACGGAAACAGGCUGACCAGGGCCGUCCUGAAGGAGCUGACAGAUGCUCUAAAGGAUCCAGGCAGUUUCCCCAGUGUGACCUGGAUCGACCUGGGCAACAACGUGGACAUCUUCUCCCUGCCGCAGCCCUUCCUGGUCAGCCUGAGAAAGCGAUGUCCCAAACAGGGGAACCUCCCCACCAUCCUGGAGUUUGGAGAGAGUCAGGCCAGCGACGCCCCCGAGAGGCUGAGGGGCCUGGGCGAGGAGGAGGAGACGGAUGACACCAAUCGAACUGAGAGCAUGGGCGAGCUGCGCUCCGAGGUGGAGGAGGAGCUGGACGGAGAGAUGGAGAUAGAGGAGAUGAUGGAGGAGCUGCUGGACUUUGACCGGGAAGUGCAGGGAAAGGAGGAUGAGGAGGAGAGCAUGUGGACGGUGGAGGAGCAGAGGAAGGUGGGGAGGUGGAGGGGCAGAAGCCAACGGGGGGAGGGGGAGGAGGAGGUGCAGAGGAAAGACGAGACGCAGGGGAGGAGGGCGGCGGUCGUGGAGGACGAAGACGACACGCAGAGCCGAUCCUCCCACAUGUCCUGCUCCAGCCAAUCGCAGCACUCCUCUGGAGCAAUGGAGCCGAUGAGAGCGGAGGAGGACUUUGAUUUAGACGAGGUGACCGACCAAUCAGAUCACCUCACCUGAUUGCUGCUUUCUGCUUACGUUUUCCCUCCUGCGUCCAGUCCUCUGUGUGCAACACUGAGCGUGCUCAAAGUCAAACAAGGAAGCUAAGUUUGAGUAAAGAGAUGAAGACUCCCCGCUCCCUCGGCUGAUCUGAGGUCAGAUCUUGACAGAGUGACAGCUGAUCCAGGUGACUCUCUGUGACUGUGGCAUGAGAAGACAAUCACCUACAGGACAUGUGUUUUAUUAAACUGUAUGUUAUUUAAAGUAUAAUUAGACUGAGGAUGCUUACAAUAGAAUAGACUGAUGAAUUAUAUCACAUGAGGCUUUUAUGUACAGAAUGUUAACCUUUAUUCAGGUCCCUUCCUCCUGCUAACCCUGCUAAUACCUAUACCUAUGUGCCUGUCACGCAUCCCCUUACUGCUGCGUCUUAGAAAACUGAGACACACUCAAACUAAUCAGGGCCCUUUAAACACUUUAAGAAAUGUUUUUGCCAAAAAAAAACAAGAAAUGGAAAAUGUUUCAAAUGUUUCUUCCCCCACACAUAACGUUGACGACAGACAAGCCAGAUGGUUCCAAAGAUAGACGGGAAUCAAAAGGUCGCUUCGUGGAAAUUAGUUUCCUCUUAAGAAAAGGAACAGAUGCAUCGUGAUUUGGUGAGUGAGAGACGCACAGGAGGAGGAAUUUAGUGUAGCUGAAACCAAAAUAAGUCAAAUAAGAGAUACAGAAAAGGAUGCAGUAAGAAGUCUGAUGAUUGUAAGGAAACUGUGAAAAGUGUCCGGGGAAGAUAAGAUGAUCUUCUUGCCACAACAAAGAUCUUAUCUGAGGGGUGUACUACGAAACAAGAGAGCGAGGUAUAAAUGAGGUUUGAUGAAGUCAGAGCUUUCAGUGCCACACAGCUGGCUCUCCUUUCAUUUUUUAUUUACAGGUUCUACAAAAGAAAUGUAGCCUAAAGUCGUCAGUUCAGGAUUUCAAAUGCAUGUAAAUGACAAGAAAAUCAGUUUCUUUUUCAGGUUCCCAAAAUGAAGCCUCUGUGUAACCGACUAUUUACAGUUAAAGUGAGACUCCCCACAAACAGAUGAACUGACACUUUCCAAUAAAUGUUGGUGUUUACCUUGCAGACACUGGAGGGUCAAUUUAUGCUUUGUUUCGAAUCUGAACACACAGACGCUUCUCAAAUUGCUAAUUUCUGGCUUCACACUAUACUAGACCAUUUUAUGCCCAAUUUUGGGCCCAAUUUGGGUCCUUCAACGAUUAAUGGGCUGUGGGCUUAAUUCAGAUGUCGCAACUGAUUUUUGUCCAUAUAUUCCUCAACUAUGUGGUGUCACUACAAUUAUUUUACUGCUCCUGAUCGGGUCCAGGUAUCCCUGAUAUUGAUUCAUAAAUAUCAAACGUUUAAUUUUUAUGAUUCCAGAUUGGGCUGCGUUUUUAGCGAUAUCUUUUAAUUUCUCAUCACCAUUUCUUAUAAGUCUAAAAGAUGUAGGAAACUGGCCACUGCUGAUUUUUUUCAAGGAAGAAAAGGGGAAUGACAACGUCAAACUCCUCUUUUCUGCAGCACGAAUAGAGGCUGAAGUCGGUUGACAUAAACUGUUCUCACACAUGCAAAAAACUCCUGAAAUCUCCCAAACUUUUUUUAGGAUGAGCCGAAGAUUUUUCUCCAACUUUUACCCUAACGUUUUCCUGACAGCCCUUGCUAGUUAAAUUCCUACAAGAAGUCAGAGGCGAUGGGCAGUAAAAUAUUCAGGAGAAUUCCCAGCGAGCUGUUGAGCAGGAGUGAUGACGUUAUAUCCUGAGACUGAUGUGCAUCCUGCAGAAUCUUCUUGCACGUAAUGAAGCCGCUUCAUAGCUCACCGUUAUGUUCUUUACCACUCGUUCGCUGGUACUGUGAAUAUGUCAAGUGACACGUAGCAUUUAUAAAACGGCAAAAACUGUCGUCAAAGUACAGGACUCUGUUGCUUCGUCUGCUUUUUUGGAUAUUGGCAGCAUCUUGCCAAUAUCCCCCCCAACCCGCCCCUGGGAUGCCUAUGCCCCACUUCCUGUUUUAAAAACUCUCGGGCUGUCAGGCAUAUGUGUGAAUAAACAACUCAUAGAUUUCAGGGGCAGACAUCCUGAAAUUGUGCUGAGAAUUUGAAGGAGUGCAUGAGUGAAAACAGCCACAAACAGCUGAUCACCAGUUAGGUGAUGUCUGUUGACUCUGACUUGGGUUUUAGAGGUUUUUGUUUUCAGCCUAAACAAAGAAAGCCUGUAUAUGUUGAAAUUGCUUCGUAGUGCAGCCCUCUGAAGAAUCCAUUAAGAAAUAUUUAGUAGCCUUUCCUCCUAAUCGAGGUCAUAUUUCACUUCACAGUACUCUACAUGUGCUUACAGCCCUGUUUUCACACAGGCCACUCUGUUACUGUACACUGAGUUGACACUAUUUAUAUCUAUUAGUUUGUAGCUGUCACCCAGCCUGUGCUUUCCCUUUAUAUGCCCUGCAAAAUCUGAAAAAAACUAAGCUGUAUUUUUGGAUGUGGAGUGUAAACAGUAUGUAAUAAUUCAACUGUUCAAGAGUGAUUGUUUGGACCGUAGAUUAAAAAGGAAUACCACUUUA